AUGAAGCGUUCAAAUAGAAAGUUCCAGUACAGGUGCCUGUUGGCAUUAGUAAACAAGGCCUUCCAUGCCUUCUCUACCCAGCUUAUGUCUCCUGCCUCAAGUAACAGUAGCGGUUCUCUGUCACCCUCCUCAUCCUCUGACUGCCUGGUGAGCCGGGGAGGGCCUGGCCGGAGCCAUGUGGCAGCUUUAAGGAGCCGAUUUGAGUUGGAAUACGCCCUGAAUGCAAGGUCCUAUGAUGCCUGGUCCCAGAGUGUUGGGACACACUCCAAUCCAGGCCUGUCUUUGGAGGAAAUGAACAGAAGUACCCAAUACUCAACCACUGACAAAUAUGGCUAUGUGUCUGAUCCCAUGAGCCCAAUGCAGUUUCGCUCCUGCCGGAACAGUGGCAGCUUUGAAGACAGCAACUGACAGGCCCGA